GCGCGCGCUGUGGCUGGGUCGCCCCGGGCAGAUCGCGGAGCUGCCGUAGGGAACCGCUGAGGCGAGCUGCUGAAGGGAGCCGGCCCAGCAUGGACGACCCCGCGGCGCCCGGGCCCGUCGGCUCGCCCGCUAAUGACAACGGCAACGGCAACGGCAACGGCGGCAAAGGGAAACCGGGUGCGCCCAAGGGCCGGGAAGCAUUCCGCAGCCAGCGGCGGGAGUCGGAGGGCUCUGUGGACUGCCCUACUCUGGAGUUUGAAUAUGGAGAUGCAGACGGGCAUGCAGCAGAGUUGUCAGAAUUAUAUAGCUACACAGAGAACCUGGAAUUUACCACUAACAGGAGGUGCUUUGAAGAAGAUUUCAAGACUCAAGUGCAAGACACUAAGGAAUGGCUGGAGUUGGAAGAAGAUGCCCAAAAGACUUAUAUGAUGGGACUUCUGGACCGACUGGAGGUGGUCAGUAGGGAACAACGGCUUAAGGUGGCCCGGGCGGUUCUCUAUCUAGCCCAAGGCACUUUUGGGGAAUGUGAUUCAGAGGUCGAUGUGCUACACUGGUCCAGAUACAACUGCUUCCUGCUCUAUCAGAUGGGAACCUUCUCAGCCUUCCUGGAGCUACUCCACAUGGAAAUCGACAACAGCCAGGCCUCUAGUAGCGCCCUUCGGAAACCAGCUGUCUCCAUUGCUGACAGCACUGAGCUCAGGGUGCUGCUGAGUGUCAUGUACCUAAUGGUGGAAAAUAUCCGCCUGGAGCGAGAAAUAGACCCCUGUGGGUGGAGGACAGCCCGAGAGACCUUCCGAACUGAAUUAAGCUUUUCCACACAUAAUGAAGAGCCUUUUGCCCUCCUGCUCUUUUCCAUGGUUACCAAAUUCUGCAGUGGCCUGGCCCCUCACUUUCCAAUAAAGAAGGUUCUGCUUCUGCUCUGGAAGGUGGUUAUGUUUACACUUGGUGGAUUUGAGCAUCUGCAGGCUCUCAAAAUACAGAAGCGUGCAGAGUUGGGCCUGCCUCCAUUAGCUGAGGACAGUAUCCAGGUCGUAAAGAGCAUGCGUGCUGCCUCCCCACCCUCUUACACUCUUGAUCUGGGGGAAUCUCAGCUGGCACCUCCACCCUCCAAGCUACGGGGCCGCCGUGGUUCUCGAAGGCAACUCCUCACCAAGCAAGACAGCCUGGACAUCUACAAUGAAAGGGAUCUCUUCAAAACUGAGGAACCAGCCACAGAGGAAGACGAGGAGUCUGCAGGUGAUGGAGAACGAACCUUGGAUGGAGAGUUAGACCUACUAGAACAGGAUCCGCUCGUGCCACCUCCACCCUCACAGACACCUCUCUCUACUGACCGGGUAGCCUUUCCCAAGGGCCUUCCCUGGGCCCCAAAGGUCAGACAGAAGGACAUUGAACACUUCUUGGAGAUGAGCAGAAAUAAGUUCAUUGGAUUCACCCUGGGGCAGGACACAGAUACCUUGGUUGGAUUGCCUCGACCCAUCCACGAGAGUGUGAAGACUCUAAAGCAGCACAAGUAUAUCUCCAUUGCAGAUAUACAGAUCAAGAAUGAAGAGGAGCUAGAGAAAUGCCCCAUGUCUUUGGGAGAAGAGGUGGUACCAGAAACACCAUGUGAAAUCCUCUACCAGGGCAUGCUGUACAGCCUCCCUCAGUACAUGAUUGCUCUGCUUAAGAUUCUGCUGGCUGCAGCCCCCACCUCCAAGGCUAAGACAGACUCUAUCAAUAUCCUAGCAGAUGUCCUGCCUGAAGAGAUGCCCAUAACUGUUCUCCAGAGCAUGAAGCUGGGCAUUGACGUGAACAGACACAAGGAGAUCAUUGUAAAGAGUAUCUCUGCCCUGCUCCUUCUCCUUCUCAAACACUUCAAACUCAACCAUAUCUACCAGUUUGAAUAUGUGUCACAACAUUUAGUGUUUGCCAACUGUAUCCCCUUGAUCCUGAAGUUCUUCAAUCAAAAUAUCCUGUCCUAUAUCACUGCCAAAAACAGCAUUUCGGUGCUGGAUUACCCAUGCUGUACCAUCCAGGAUUUGCCAGAACUUACUACGGAGAGUCUGGAAGCUGGAGACAAUAGUCAGUUCUGCUGGAGGAACCUCUUUUCCUGCAUCAACCUCCUGAGACUGCUCAAUAAACUGACCAAAUGGAAGCAUUCCAGGACCAUGAUGCUGGUGGUCUUUAAAUCAGCUCCAAUCUUAAAGAGAGCCCUCAAAGUCAAGCAGGCCAUGCUACAACUCUAUGUCUUGAAGCUACUAAAGAUACAGACCAAGUACCUUGGGCGCCAGUGGAGGAAAAGCAAUAUGAAGACUAUGUCGGCCAUUUACCAGAAAGUGCGCCACCGCAUGAAUGAUGACUGGGCUUAUGGGAAUGACAUUGAUGCCAGGCCUUGGGACUUCCAAGCAGAAGAAUGUACCCUGAGGGCCAGCAUUGAGGCUUUUAACAGCCGCCGAUAUGAUAAACCGCAGGACUCAGAAUUUUCACCUGUGGACAACUGCUUGCAGAGUGUGCUGGGGCAGAGGUUGGAUCUGCCUGAAGAUUUCCAUUAUUCCUAUGAGCUCUGGCUGGAGAGAGAGGUGUUUUCACAGCCCAUCUGUUGGGAGGAGCUGCUCCAGAAUCACUAAGCUCUUGUCACAAAGCAUCUGAUAGAUGGAGGUUGGCUCCAAUAAAAAUGCUUUACCUAUCCUGUCCCAUCAACCUUCAUACUGAGCUCUGGAGUGUGUGUCAAUGAGAGUUUCAGCCCAGCAUC